UACAAAACAGUACCGCCUCGAUCACUAAGAAGAGUUUACCUUGAAAAAAAAUGCGAUUUGAAACAGCUGCCAGGAGUACCCGCCCACUUCCUUAGCAGAGCACGAUGCAUCUUAAUUCGGUUUAUCCUCAGUACCGAGGAGGCAGAACAAUGAUGAUUUCCUCUGGAGCCAACAGAGAACACAGUCUGAUAUGAUGUGCGCGGAGUAGGUAGCGCUGAAAUGGACAGUCUUGUAGGGCCACUUGCUGCCCAAUAUUUCACCAUGGGGUACAAGCCAAAAGGGAGUAGCCAGUGCGACCGUGUCACCAUGGGAACAACCGGGAAAGAAAAAGAAAAAGAAAAUACGAGGCUCUUGCAAGGAUGUCCUGCCAUCUCUAAGUUCUCCCCUCACCUGAGGCCUAAUCGUCACCGCGUCAACAGGCCCAGCCUGGCCCAGAUCAACCAGGUCAAAGUCAUGAUGUCUCUGGGGCAUUUGGCUAAGGGGGCCAGCUUGGAGGAGCUCAUUGAAGCGUGCAUCCAGUCAUUUGACGCAGAGGGGAGCCUGUGUCGAAGUGGUCACCUCCUGCAGAUCACACUGACUAUGCACCGACUCCUCAUGUCAUCGUCUGAGCUCUUGGAGAAACUCAUCACACUAUAUCCUUUUCAUCGGUCUACUUACAAAAAUGCUUUGGAAAAUGAAAGAUCUCUGGAUUGCCUGAAAAUCUGUUAUCUAAUAAGGUACUGGAUUACAGAAUUAUGGAUAAUGUUUCGAUUAGACACAGACCUCGCCGACACCAUGGAACAAUUUCAGGAACUGGUCAGAGAGCGAGGCCAGGAAAAGCAUUGCCGUCUGAUUGAUACAACACAGAUAAAUGACAGAGAAUGGUCCCGGAAGAUCACUCAGAGAAUAAAGGCAAACAGCAGUAAGAAAAGGAAAGUGUCUCUGCUCUUUGAUCACCUGGAGCCUGAGGAAUUAGCUGAGCACCUCACUUAUCUUGAGUUCAAGUCAUUCCGUAGGAUAUCAUUUGCAGACUACCAGAAUUACAUUGUCAAUGGCUGCAUGAAGGAGAACCCAACGAUGGAGCGCUCUAUAGCCCUGUGUAAUGGCAUCUCACAGUGGGUCCAGCUGAUGGUUCUGAGCAGGCCCACUCCACAGCUCCGUGCUGAAGUGUUCACCAAGUUUAUUCAUGUUGCUCAGAAACUGCAUCAGUUCCAGAACUAUAACACACUAAUGGCUGUAGUUGGGGGGCUUUGCCACAGUUCUAUCUCCAGAUUAAAGGAAACCAGUUCACAUGUACCCAGUGAGGUCACUAAGGUGCUUAAUGAAAUGACGGAGCUCCUGUCAUCGUGUAGAAACUACGACAACUACAGGCGUGCGUACAGUGAGUGCACAGGAUUCAAGAUCCCAAUUUUGGGCGUUCACCUUAAAGAUCUCAUCUCGGUAUACGAAGCCAUGCCUGACUACGUGGAAGAUGGGAAGAUCAAUGUGCAGAAGCUACAGGCACUUUACAACCAUAUCAAUGAGCUCAUCCAGCUUCAGCAGCUAGCUCCUCGCUUAGAUGCCAAUAAAGACCUUGUUCAUUUGCUAACGCUAUCUUUAGAUCUUUACUACACUGAAGAUGAAAUCUAUGAGCUGUCCUAUGCACGUGAGCCCAGGAAUAGCAAAGCACCACCAGCAACACCUUCCAGACCUCCAGUAGUUGUGGACUGGGCAUCAGGGGUCGCCCCAAAGCCAGACCCAAAGACCAUCAGCAAACAUGUACAGAGGAUGGUGGAUUCGGUGUUUAAGAAUUAUGACCAUGACCAGAACGGAUAUAUUUCUCAAGAAGACUUUGAGAAAAUUGCUGCUAGUUUCCCGUUCUCCUUCUGUGUCAUGGAUAAAGAAAAGGAAGGGCUUAUCAGCAGAGAAGAAAUCACUGCCUAUUUCAUGAGAGCCAGUGUCAUCUGUUCCAAACUUGGCCUGGGUUUUAUUCACAACUUCCAAGAGACUACUUAUAUGAAGCCAACGUUCUGUGACAACUGUGCUGGAUUUCUGUGGGGUGUUAUAAAGCAAGGAUACAGAUGCAGAGACUGCGGAAUGAACUGCCAUAAGCAGUGCAAAGACCAGGUAGCAUUUGAGUGCAAGAAGAACCCUAAGAGCAACACAGCAGACAGCAGCCCCACGUCAAGCUCCACCCCGACCGCACUCUGUCCUCCAGAGGUCAGAGGUUACGAGCACGGCUCUGAAGAAGGACAGUUUGCAUAUCAUAAUGGCGAAUUAAAUGAGCACGCUGACAAAGGCAAGGACUGGGAGCCAGCAACUUCAAGCGUCUCACAGCUGAGACACCCAAGAGAGCAGCACACCAGGGGAGUACAUAAAAGCACCCAGACUGAGUGGCCCCUGACCCCGGAGCCCACACUCUUGCUACCCUCUCAACUGUCCCCCAGUCCCUCUCAGCUGUCCCCUGGUCCCUCUCCCCUAACCCCCUGUCCCAGUCCUGUGCCACAGCGCAAAAGAGCUUAUGCCAAGUGGGAGAACCGGGCCUCCACCGUGCAGAAGCCAAAGGAGCAGGAUGAACUGAACAAGCCGACCUAUCAGCAGCUGGAAAUGGAAAAGCAGAACCUUCAGAAGAUCAAUGAGACCCUGAGGAGGAAGCUGAAGGAAGCAGAGCGAGAGGUGGAGAUCCUGAAGACCCUCCUGAAAAGACACACCCUCCACCCUGUGGAAGAGGACUCAUCCUAACCCAGACUGCCAGGGCUGGGACUGCCAACUUUAUUCAGGCACAGUUCCGACCUUUCUAAAUGUCGACUAAACACUCGUUUGAUAUGCUGUUUGAAGACCCACCGCCUUUUGUGAUGAGACAGUAGUGCUGUAAAUCCAGCUCCUGUGUUUCUAGUCCUAAUUGUGUAUAGUACCAAUCAAACCCUUUUUUGUUACCUACAGCCGUAGACUAGUUGUUUGUUUUUUUGUAUGUUAGUGCCACCUCUGCUUCCGCAUAUGUGGAAUUGAAAAGCGUACUUAUUACACACAGAGAGCUGCAAUUGUCACUCACACACACUCCAACUAGUGUUGUGUACUAGAUAAGCUAUAUACAGUAUGUAUAUAAAUAUGUAAAUCCAUAGAGAUUUCAAGAUCAGCACCCUGUAAAGUUAUGUAGUUACAUUUAUUGAAUGGAACAGUUCAUGACUGGUUGUGACACUUUGUUUAAUGUAAAACAGUAGGGCCACCUGGUGGAGAAAAGAAACCUGAGUCUUUAUUUCUAGGGGAUUUACCCACUGUGACUUGUUUAAAAGAGGGUCGUAACAAAUGGAGAUCAUUACACAGUACAGACAACACAUUAAAAACUUUUGGAAAGUUUUGGCAACAAGAAGAAUUCAGCAAAUGAAAAAAGAACAGACUGAGCAUUGAUCUGCAAAUCAAAGCAACCCUAAAUAAUUUACAGUAUUUGAGAUAUAUUGUCGGAUUCCAUCUUUUUUCUGUCUUCUAAGUUGUGAAGUCAUAGGGGAGAGCCCUUGGAGAAAACAUUAACAGUAAAUUGUGUUGACCGUGUCGCAGUGAGCAACUCAUGGACAACACAAAGUCUUUCUUUAACUUGGAAAGAUGUAAAUAAUUACAGAAUUAAUGCCUGGAACACAACUAUUAUCUUGGUAGAAUCACAAAGCAGGAGUGAUUUUUUUUGUGUUCCUUUUAAUUAUCUGCUCAGCAUUCUUAAAUAAUUAUUUAUUUAAAAAUCAACUGUAUUACGACUAAAUGUAGCAAAUCUAAGGUUACUUUGCACUUGAUAUAUGAUUUUAAUACAAAUUAAGCAUUGUGCACACAUUGGUACUUGGGCAGUUUCAUACAUCACACAGUAGUGGGUUAUUGUACACACAAUCCCAUCUUCCUGCAUUACUUUUGUAAAGUUCUGAGAAAUAUAACCAUAUUUUAAUAUCCAUUUAUAAAUAUCUGUAUAAAUGUAAAACUUUUCUGUCGGUUCAGAACAAAUGUAAUAUUAAUUUAAAUGUUGCUCCAUGUGUUUUAUGUGUUGUAAAAUUAUAGUGUAUGUAGUAAGUCUCCUUCAGCUCAGACCUCCAGACUGCUAGUCUUCUUAGUAAAAGCACCAAAAGAAAAUGUAAAAGGUGCAAGGUGACUUCUGUAAAUUCCUUAAUGUAUUUUGUACUAUGUAUAUAUGUAAAUUUCCAUCCUGUACAUAUUUAUGGUGUUACUGAACAGUCUUAUCUGUGGGGUUCUUGAAAAGUAUCAAAACUGUGGAAUAACUAACAAUAAAUACAGUUCCAUGUAAUUCUGCUAUUAAUUAAUAUAA